AUGAGCUACAGAGAUUCCUAUUCACUGUUUCCAAGAUAUCAUUCAUACUGUGCAGCUAAAGAACAACGAGUAGGCUCCUACCUUAGGACAUUAAUGAGCUAUGGGUCACCACAGUCUUCAGUGUUAAGUUCGCUGUCUUCCUUUCGAUCCCGGCCGUACACAAGUGUGGGGCUGACAUACAGUCCUACACCAGAUGUAAAUGAAGUUUAUCCAGGACUGUUUGUCGGAGAUGCGGUUGCUGCAAAAGACAAAGCGUUUCUUUGUCGCAUGGGUAUCAACUACGUACUAAAUACUGCAGAGGGAAAACGUUACACGCAAGUUGAUACUGACCAUCUCUAUUACCGAGAUUGCCCCGGGAUCCGGUACAGGGGCUUUCAGUUGAUGGACCUCCCUACCACAGAUAUAUCUAGGUACUUCCACAUUGCUGCAAAUUUCAUUGACGAAGGGAUAUCUAGAGGAGGUCGCGUGCUCGUGCACUGUAUGAUGGGUGUUUCAAGGUCGGCGACGUGCGCCAUCGCCUUCCUUAUGAUCAAGCGUGGAAUGACUUUGACUGAGGCUCUUGCUCUUGUACGCUCCAGGCGGGAUAUCCACCCUAACGAUGGAUUUAUCCGCCAACUGCAAGAGCUGGACAGGGAACUCCGCCUCUCCAGGGUCCGC